AUCUUUUGAAAUUAUCCGGUUGAAUUCUGGGAUUUGUAGGUGUUUUCGGACAUUGUAAAGUAAUGCAUCGUCAGCAAAUGUUUGUUACUGUUAGCAACAAGAUUUAAGAAGAACAAAAGAUGGCGACCCGCGAAAUGUCAACAACAACAAAGAAAGCAGGAAAACAAGAGAUGCUUAAUUCUUAUGUUCGUAAUCUAUCGGACACUGGUUCAGAUCGAUUUUAUACGAAACCUUGCGGGAAAGGACGCGUUCUUUUUACAGGACCAGACGGACUGUGCGAUCAUCGUGUAAAAGUGCUUGAACCUGCUAGAUAUGUGGGAAUCGGUAUCAUGUCACCAGAAGGAACUAGUGAACUUUCUUAUCUGUGGAGAGCAGCAGCGACUACCAGUCACCCACUCCCCAGAUCAAAACGAGUAGGUGAAAUCGGCUGGAAGGUUCAAUCGUGCGACGAUGUCGAACUUCCUGAAAAUUGCCACCAAAUUAUGAGGGGAGAAUUUAGACAAUUUGGGGAAGAUAGGCAUACGCAUCUAUAUCAGAACCCCUGGCUACCUAAACCACAGUCUUCCAAGGACGCAAAAGUUGUUGAACAUGUGAACAACCCUUUGCAAGCCUCAUUCACAAAUAGACCCAACUCAAGACCUGUGUCAACGAUAAAACCUUUACCCCAGUUCAAAGAAAGUCGACGUCAUUCUAUAUCUUCAUCAUCAACAGAAACUACCGAGUUCGUGAAAUGGAACAAAUGACUACAGUAUACAGCAUGAAAACCGUAAACAUAAAGACGUAACCCUAAAAGCCUGGAAAUGCUAAACUUUUUUUAAAGGGCGUUCCACGAAGGUUUAAGACGACCGCGAAAAAAAUUGCUCCUUAUAUAA